AUGGCUUUAGCUAGCGGUCACUGGGUGGAUAAAGAAGUGAGGGGGGACCGUCCGAGUCCUCGACACAGCCACGCUUUAGCUGUGGCUGGAAAUGUUGCCUUCCUUUUCGGGGGCGCCUGCAGCAUCAACCAACAGGACACUCCUGUUUACUUCAGUGAUUUCUACAUGCUAACAGUUUCUCCUGAUGACCUGAGCUGGGAGCAGAUUCCUCAGAACGGAGAAGUUCCACCUGCCAGAGCAGGACACACACUCUGUGUUGUUAAGGGGAAGUUGUACCUUUUCGGAGGAGCCUCCAGUCCAGAUGCCACUGAGUGCCUCCCACGAGUCUACAGCUUUGAUGUUGUGUCUCUGACCUGGGAAUGCUUAGAGACUGGUGGCGUGGCCCUCCGGACUCUCAGGUACAGCUCUGUCGCCAUGGGAGACAACAUCUACGUGUACGGAGGCGUACUGAACCAGAUUCCAACUGACAACCUCAUGGUCUUCAACACUGUGUCUCUCAUCUGGACUCCGGUUAAAACCAGUGGAUCCCCUCCUCCGGCCCUGGAGUCUCAGAGUUUUGCUCUAUGCGGGAAUCAGAUCUUCAUGUUUGGAGGUUUUGGAGCAGGAGGAGAAUUCUGUAAAGACCUUUAUGUUCUUAAUACAGAGAGUCUACUGUGGCAGAAAUGUGAGCUGAAAGGAGAAUCUCCAGCUGCCUGCAGUGGACAAACACUGACUGCUCAUCACGACAAGGACAUCUACAUGUUUGGUGGCAAAAUCACAAAUGAUGACGGCUCAGAAAUAUUGUCCAAUGAAAUCCAUAAACUUAGUAUCGCAAAGAUGAAGUGGAAGGUUCCUCUGUAUGUUGGGAUUCCUCCAGGUCGUCGGCACAGCCACGCCGCCUUUAUCCUGCACAGCCAUCUGUAUGUGUUUGGAGGGAAGAAUGAAGAGCAUGAUUUUAAUGACCUCAAGGUGAUGAAACUCAUUAACCCCUCGGAGAGACAACCAGUGAUGAAGGAGAUUCUGUCAGAGUUCGGUCUGCAGGGUGUGGGCCACAGCUUCACCCCCACCAAAGUUCCCAACGUUCGUUAUGAUCUGAGCGAGCCGGUUCCAUCUAGCCAGCCCAGGACCACGGCAACUCACAUCCAGGUGUUUGCCCACAGAGAUUUCAGCACAGUGCGAGAUCAGGCCAUGAAAAUGAUCCAGACGGCCUUCAGCCUACUGGACCAGGAGUUUCAGAAACUGGAUCAAGAGAAGAUGGAGCUUUCUAAAUCGGCUGUGGCUCUGCAAAGAGACAAAGAAGCUCAAGAAGCACAAAGACAACAACAACAACAGGAGUUGAAGGAGAUGUUGGAAAGGCAUCGUUCUCAGAAUGAGGCGUGGCUGCGAGCGAGAGCCGAGGAGAAUGACCGAGAGAGGAGGGAGCUCUGCAGACUCCAAGAGGAGGUGUUGCAGGAACAGGAGAGGCUGAAGGAGGAGCAGAUCAGCAUCCAGAAACGGAGCGAACACCUCCUGUCCAUCAUGCAGCAGUUUAAAGGGAUGUGA